AAUCAUCUGGCUGACUGGCUCUCUCAAUCCAAACCCCAAACAAUUUCUUGAACCAGGUAGUUAUAGGUUGUAACCGCCGAACAUGGCAGCCCGCGCCAUGAAUAGCUGCAUAUUUAUCCGCUCCGCAGCGUCGCCUCCGCCGCUGGCGCCGACGUUCUGGAGCUGUUGUCCCCAGCGCCAACUCAGAACGCGGCGGUUUCACAGAUACUUAAGAUUGCAUUCUCGGUUCUCGCUUCCCCGUUGCACGCCUUAUCCUCUCAGCCAUGACGGUGCUCGGAGCUACUCUGUGCAAAGCCUGGUUGAGACCGUCAUAGAAGAGCUCUAUUCCUUGCGCAAACGAGGGAGAAUUCGUGCUUCUACCGAAUUGGGAUUAACCAGCACUAGUGAGCUUCUUGAGGAUAAAGUAGGAAAACAAGCAAUGCGAAAGGGGUUGCUGCUAGAGUUCAAGAAGGACUCUGAAAGGCUAUUGCUAGCAGUUGCUCUUAGACCUGAUGGGAAAAAGAAUUGGACCGUCUCAGAUCAGAAUGGUGUAACAACCUCAAUAAAACCACAGCAAGUUACUUUUAUUGUUCCUGGAAUUGAGAACUUUGACCCCAUCGAGAUAUCAAACUUUGUCCAGAAAGCUCAUAAUAACUUGGAUCCAGCACUUCUUGAAUUCGCUUGGAAUGAGCUUCUUGAAAAUAACAAAUCUGUUACAGUGGAAGAACUGGCUGAGAUGAUUUUUGGUAGUGCGGAGCCUCUUGAGAGUUAUUGUGCCCAUCUAUUAUUAUCUAGAGAUGACAUAUACUUCACAGUUUUGGGGUCUAAAGGUCCACAGUCUAUUUAUGGACCUCGACCAGUUAGACAGGUAGAUCAACUUUUACAAAAGAAACUGGCUAAAGAGGCUGAGGAGAAGGAAAUUGAGGAGUUUGUUCAGUUGCUAAAAUCUAUUAAAGAAAUGCCUCUGCAUGCUAAACCUCCAAACUCUAUGUGGAAGACUGAAGAGAAAAACUGGCAGAAAAUCAAGUCUCUUGAAGCUUUUGCUAUUGAUGCUUGCAAAAAUGAUGAUCAAAAGAGAAUGACAGGGAUGAUCCUGAAGGCCAUGGGCAUGGCAAAAACAGCAUCAGCCGCAGUUACCCUUCUUAUAGAUAUUGGAUAUUUCCCUGUACAUGUCAAUCUUGAUUUACUAAAGCUAAGCAUUCGUACUGAUCAUCCGGAUGAGAUUGUAUUGGCUGCGGAAAGUCUUUUGUUAGAGUCAACUGACCUGGAUGAGGUUGAUAGAGUAGAUCUGACUCACCUGAAGGUUUAUGCAAUUGAUGUUGAUGAAGCCGAUGAGCUUGAUGAUGCAUUGAGUGCAACAAAGCUGGAGGAUGGCCGGAUAAGAAUCUGGAUACAUGUUGCAGAUCCAGCUAGCUUAGUUCAGCCAGGGAGCAUAAUAGACAAAGAAGCAAGGAGAAGAGGAACUUCUGUAUUCUUGCCCACUGCUACUUAUCCAAUGUUUCCUGAAAGGUUGGCCAUGCAAGGCAUGAGUCUUAAGCAAGGCCAACAAUGCAACGCUGUUACUGUAUCUGUUAUUCUGCGUUCUGAUGGAAGCAUUGAAGAAUACUCUGUGGAAAACUCAAUCAUUAAACCAACAUAUAUGCUGACAUAUGAGAGUGCAUCUGAACUUCUUCAUUUGAACCUGGAUGAGGAGAUUGAGCUAAAGAUUCUCUCUGAGGCUGCUACACUUCGGUUUCGGUGGCGUCAACAGCAGGGUGCAAUAGAUGCAAGUAACUUAGAAACACGAAUUAAGGUGACCAAUCCCAAUGAUCCGGAGCCAUCAAUCAAGCUUUAUGUAGAAAAUCAGUCUGAUCCUGCUAUGCGACUUGUUUCUGAGAUGAUGAUACUUUGUGGAGAAGUUAUAGCCACAUAUGGUUCUUACAAUAAGAUACCUUUGCCCUAUAGAGGACAGCCUCAAUCAAAUAUUGAUACCUCUGCAUUUGCACAUCUUCCGGAAGGGCCUGUUAGAAAUUCAGCUAUUGUUCGAAUCAUGCAUGCAGCUGAAUUGGAUUUCAGGAAGCCAGUACGUCAUGGGAUAUUGGGAAUUCCUGGAUAUGUUCAAUUUACAUCUCCUAUUCGUAGAUAUAUGGACCUCCUGGCUCAUUAUCAGGUGAAAGCAUUUAUUAGGGGUGAUUCUCCUCCCUUCUCAGCUGGUGAACUAGAAGGGAUGGCAUCUAUGAUUAACAUGUACACCAGAGUGGUAAGGAGGCUCUGCAACAGCAGUCUUCGUUAUUGGGUAUUGGAGUACCUGAGAAGGCAAUCAAAAAAUACAAAAUUCCGUGCUGUAGUCCUCAAAUUCAUCAAAGACAGGAAUGCAUUAAUACUCUUGUUGGAGAUUGGAACACAAGCUUCUGUUUGGGUGUCUACCGGAGUACAAAUUGGGGACGAAGUGGAUGUUCGAGUUGAAGAAGCUCAUCCACGUGACGACAUUCUCUCUCUUAAAGAGGUUCCACGUGCAUAACAGUGUUCUUCCCAAUAUUGAUUAUGGUAGAGAUACAAUGUGCAAAAGAUUUAUCAACCCAACCCAAGCCCAGAUGGCCGCAAGAGUUGGUAAUACAUAGCCUUAAAUCGCUGGCAUCAUUUUGCUGAGAUCAUUGACCUCAAACAACUAUCAAAGCUCUUGCAAUGAGGCAAUGCAGAUGCAACCAAUGUGGUGGCGGUUCUCCACCCAUCAUUUUUGACUGAUCAUUAAUGCUCCAUCCCCGAAGGUUAUAUGCACUGUAAUCAGUCCUCCCAUGGUAUUGGAGUUCAUAAGCUAGCUAGCUAUGGCCUUGGCGCAUAUUGGUGGUUGCCAAAAUUCAAGGAAAUUCUGUCCAUUUUGUAUAAUGUAAAUCCAACUUCUUUACUGUAUUAAGUGAAAAUUUUUGUUCCAAUAUGCAAGUUGA